AGAUUGCCUUAUUUUUCUCCACAUUCACCGAGUCCUCAAUCUCUCUCAUCCCAUUUCUUGCCACCAGCCCUUUGAUUCAUUCCCUUUUGUAUCUCAUGUAGCUAUAUUCUCUCUUCUUUUGUCAUCACAAUCCUCUCCUAUAUAUCGUAUCCCUCACUAUCUAUAUAUAUUUGUUCACCUCAGAGUAGAAAUUGAUGUAACAAAUUACUCUCAAUUAUGAUGUCUUCAUUUCAUCACUUCUCCUUGUGUUCAAUGGCACUGACUCUAGUUCUUGCCCUGGUUCUUCUGUUUGUUUCCCCUGCUGUUUCAACUUCCCGGAACCUAAUCGGCCGCCAGAACAUGAAAACAGGCUUCCAGGUGACGUUAAAACAUGUCGAUUCUGGUGGGAACUUCACCAAAUUCGAGCUCUUACAACGCGCCAUGAAGCGAAGUAGGAAGAGAAUGGAAAGGCUUUAUGCAAUGGCCCUAGCUGCAUCCGAUGCCAGCAUCGAUGCCCCCAUUCGUGCUGGAAACGGUGAGUACCUAAUGGAAUUGUCCAUCGGCACCCCACCCAUAUCUUAUUCUGCUAUACUGGAUACGGGCAGUGACCUGAUUUGGACCCAAUGCAAGCCCUGCAAGCAGUGUUUCAAUCAGCCAACUCCUAUAUUUGAUCCCGCAAAGUCAUCUUCUUUCUCCAAGCUGUCGUGCUCUAGCGAUCUUUGCAGCGCCCUUCCCUCAUCGUCUUGCACGGAUGGCAGUUGCGAGUAUUUGUACACAUACGGUGAUUAUUCAUCGACUCAAGGUUUCAUGGCAACCGAAACGUUUACGUUUGGCAAGGUUUCGGUACCAAAAGUUGGGUUCGGGUGUGGACUUGAUAACGAAGGAGGUGGGUUCGAUCAAGGUGGCGGGCUCAUGGGCCUGGGGCGUGGUCCGCUGUCGCUCAUCUCCCAACUUGAGGAACCCAAGUUUUCAUAUUGUCUAACAUCAAUUGAUUCCACGAAAUCUAGCACACUUUUGGUGGGAUCUCUAGCAAGUCUCAAUACCAGCAGCCAAAUGGACUCAAUCAAGCCCACCCCACUGAUAAAAAACCCAUCAUCACCUUCUUUCUACUAUCUUUCCCUUGAAGGGAUCACGAUUGGUGACACCCGAUUGCCCAUCGAGAAAUCAACUUUUGCAGUCAAUGAGGAUGGCAGUGGGGGCAUGAUCAUCGACUCGGGUACUACCAUCACGUAUUUGGAGCAAACUGCAUUCGAUCUUGUUAAAGGAGAAUUCACUAAACAAAUGCAACUUCCCGUGGACAAAAGCGGGCAGACAGGACUGGAACUGUGCUUCAGGGUUCCAUCCAACACUCAAAGCAUUGAGGUGCCGAAGCUCAUCUUCCAUUUCGAGGGUGGGGCAGAUCUGGACUUGCCGGGGGAGAACUACAUUAUCGCUGAUCCAAGUGGAGUGGCGUGCUUGGCAAUGGGGAGCUCUCUUGGGAUGUCCAUCUUUGGGAAUUAUCAGCAGCAGAAUACGUUAGUGGUUCAUGAUCUUGUCAAAGAGACUAUAGCAUUUGUGCGCACACAGUGUGAUCACUUGUGAAUAGUUUAUUACCAUUAUAGAUCGUCUUCUAUAUGAAAUGCGUAAAAAACAUCAGGGGAGAAAAGGAAAUAAAACAAGAAUAUAUUGAAUUCCUUUUUUUCAUGCUAAUGUUGCGUGUAUUUUAUUUUUAAUCAA